AUUCAAGGCAAGUAAAUGAUGGAUUUGGAAAUUCAAGAAUGUGCAUAGAAUUGUUUCUCGCAAGAUAACAACAUUCAGGACGCGAUCUACGCUUCAAGAUAUUGGUAACCUACAAAAUAUCGCAGAAUCGUUUGUUUUAAACGUAAGAUCUGACAUCCCAGCUAUCGGAGUUGAAGAAAUUUAUAAUGCAGACGAGAGCGGCUUCAACCUUGAAAUACAUUCUGGGCGAACAUUGGCGAAAUCAGGAGUAAAAACAGUUGAAGCGAUGGUUCAAUCGGUAUCUUCUACAACACAUAGCUACACUAUAAUGCCUAUUAUUUCGGCAAGCGGACGUCUUCUUUCACUACUAUAUAUAGUUUUAAAGGAGUCUACAGGAACAUUUGGUCCGAGGGUGCAAGAAACUCUAUUCCGUCCAGUUAACAUUUACAUCCAAGCUUCAAAAUCAGGAAAACUCACGUCUGAACAUUUCAAAACUUGGUUCAGCGAAGUGUAUGUACCAAAUACUGGCCGUAAAAGCAUGCUACUACUCGACUCGUGGACGGGACACUGCCCGAGCCAGCUAGAGCAGUUGAUUCCACAAGACAAAGAAGUAAAAUUUUCAACCAUUCCAAAAAAGACAACGGCCUUUAUUCAGCCUUUAGAUGUGUUUGGAUUCCGGAUUUGGAAAAAUUUCGUGCGAACAUUUUCGGAUAAUGUAAUUCUCCAAGAGAAACAUGUCAAUUUGCACUCACGUAAUGAAAUAAUUAAAUUGCAAUCACUAACUCAUAAUCAGCUUUCUUCGCCCAGAUUCAAAAAUCUUUUCCAAUAUGCUUGGUUUAAAAGCGGAUAUCUAGAAACGCAUCCCGGUGAAUUUCAAAAUCCUGUAGAUUUCUGUUACUUCAGGAAAGAAAAGCAUAUACCUAAAUGUAGUAUUUGUGGGCUGGCCGCUUUUAUGCGCUGUGCAUGGUGUGGCGAGUAUUUCUGUUUUAAACAUUUCUAUGAAGAAUAUUACUACUGUCUCAAUUAUAUUGCGUAAUGUUUAGUGUAUCUGCCGUUUUGUACUAGUACAACUCUUUCAAUAUAUAAUUAAACAAUAAAGCAUGUACAAAAAGCGAAUGCAAAUGUUUUAUGUAUCAGGAUUAAUCAGAAUUAAUUAAAUUAAUUCAUUUAUUCAUUCAAAAUAGAUACGAACCGUCUUGCUUUAAUAAAUGAAAGAUG